CUGUUACAGCAAUGGUAUACCAGCACUAUGAACCUUAUCGGGACAUGGCUGUCUGACCGCAUGGACCUGCAGCUGCAUGUUUAUCAACUGAAGAUACUCAUCAGGGUUGUCAAAAAAAAAUAUCGGGACUUCCGUCUUCAGGGUGUGCUUGAGUCGACAUUGAACAGUAAGAUGUACGAGACUGUGAGGAACCGUCUGAGCUUGGAGGAAGCCACUGCUUCAGUGCGGGAAGGAGGGAUGCAAGGCAUCUCCAUGAGGGAUAGUGAUGAAGAGGAUAAUGAUAACUAG